AUGAAAUCGAAGUUCUUACCUAUUGUAUCUACCAUUGUUUUAGGCUGUUUUUAUUAUAGUCUCUAUCGCUUUUAUAAAUGGAUUAUUGAUGAGAGUGAUAAGGAAGAAAUAAAGAGUAUGGAGGAAGAGAAUAGCGAACAGUCGAAUAACGAAACGAAGAAGCCUGAUGCAUUAGAAGAGUCGGAUGAUCUGGUGGAUGAUCAGAUAACCAUUCAAACGCUGAUUUCGGAAGAUCCUUUGUAUAAUAACUUCAAGUUUAAUGAGAUCCGCUCUGUAAUGAAAGCUCUAACUCUUGAAGAUUUUAAGGAUGUAUUCAAGCAGUUGGACAUUACUGACGAUGCUAUUGUGAAUAACAUGUUCCGCGUGUGGGAUUACGAUCAGGAUGGAUAUGUCAGUAUUCGUGACUUUGUCCACACUUUCGCUUACGCUCUUCGCAGCACCGAAAAGAAUCACCUGAUGUACAUUUUCGAUAGCUGCGAUCUCAAUAACGACGGCGUGCUAUCGACCGAAGAGGUCCAGAAAUGCAUCUAUUUCGUCCUGAAAAUGGAUCCUUCUGUGGAGCCGGAGAUGCUCGAAGAGCUGACCAUUCAGCAUACGCGCAAUGUGGGAAUGAAUUCGAGGUUGAAUGUUGUGUUCGAGCAGCUGCACAUCGAUAUGAUGCGCGGAAUCAGUCGGGAAGUUUUCCUGUCGAAAGGACAGUUCCUGCGAGAGAAUCUCAAUAUCAUGUCGAUCUUUGGAUUGUCGCUGGUGGAAGGAUUGUCGUCGGAGGCGGAGACGGAAGCGAAGGAGUGA